AUGCAUUUUCUCGAGCCAUAUAUAGGAUGGAAGAGAUACACUAAUAUUAAGAAGCUUCUGCAAACUCUAGCAUUAGCAUCUCGGCUUGUACUCAUCCACAAGGCACCUUCUAUGCCAUUUGGGUUACUAGCGAUAACUGACAUCACCCUAACUGACGUCGCCUGCUACCCUCCAACCAUCGACACUAAGACAACUUCGCUGCUUCCAUUGGACGAGACAGGGAGUCGACUCCACAUCAGCGAUAUCAACAACGCAGCGGCUGACAGCGACUAUACAUCGUAUCCUGUCGACGAUCGACCGUCCUGUGCAGCGUACUUCAGAUGCACGUCACCCCUAACCACAAAUUCAACUCUUUGUCAGAUCCAUUGGGAGGGAUAUAUGUCGCUCAAGUCAUCUCUAAGACCUUCGGCUCCAAACAUUGUUCAAGGGUUUCAUCUUCUAACAGAUCCAUCCAUUGUAGCACAACUCAAAGCACUUAUCUGGUUGACUGAGAAUCCAACUUAUCUCUGGCUUGUCGACACUGAGUUCUGUCCUAACAAGGGAACAGAGGCUUCGAUUUUCUAG